GAACGAGGAUGAGAAUAUACUUGCUCUUCGUGAUGAACAGUACCAGGAAGCGCAUGAAGAUUCACUUUCACUUCUGUUCUCGGCCGAUUUUUUUCGUCGGCGGCGGAAGCAGGAAGUCCACGCAGAAGUUGUAGACCAUGGAACUACGAGGUCUGCCCUGAGCCACAAUGCGAAUGUGUUCAUCGAGGUGGUGCGACACGUGAUGGACUAUGGACGACAUCAUGGGCUCCUGAAGAUGAACAAGGCGACGAGGAUUGGGGACUCGUCGUCCAGCGCUGGAAUUGCUGCCCCCUCCACAACUUGGGCACAGCUCGCGAUAGGACGGCUUGCGGGUCCAGGUGAAGAGGACGUCGCUGUAGAACAAGACACGGCUACACAUUAUGACUCAGACUCCCCUCACCGGUUGCACGACCACCGACAGGACUCACCUUCCUGGCCGGUGUUCGGGUUGUUAUCCGCCAUUAUGGCACGAUACGCGUCGACCGCGACAGUGUACGAACUGCAAAUGUAUCGUACUCGUAUAUAUCGCAUGACAAAUUGAAAUUAUCUUCUCAGCAUGAGAAAGAGAAAUAAAAUGUGUCAUGCUGAUUUACUUUAUAAGAAAAAAAAUUGUAUAUGCAAGACUUGCAUUUAUACGAAUGGGAUACUUUUGCACAGGAUACAGUGAUGCUGCACACAAAUUUGAAGACGGCCUUGGCCGUCAGUUCGCUGCAAGAAGAGCCGGCGAAGAGCCUCGACAGGAAGGCCGGCGUCGCUUUUCAGUACCCGCUGACGCAUCUGACCUGGAACACGUACGGAUUUUAUGCAUUGCAAAUAUGUCUGGGUCUGGAACGAUGCACGGUUGCUCAUGCACAUUCUGCAUGACCUUGACCCAGGAUGUCUGUAAUGCAUGCCCCUCCAUCACAGAUUUUGUGAGGGCUUCCUGAUGCCUAUACCGCAUGACAAAUGCCCUCUGCGCGGGGCAAGAACUGGAUUGGCUGGCUGCUCAUGCAAUACAGAUUUUUGUAGGAUCGAAAGGCCGCUGCGUCACAAGUUUGCAUCCUUCCAGACCCACACAACAUAUUUGCAUUUGAUAGAUUUCACCACCAUGCAAAAACUACUCCCGGAGACGAGGACGGUGGUAGCAGCGAGAAUUCUUUGGACAGCGACAGUGACAGCAGCACCUCGUCAGAUCUUCACUUCACAAAUAAGAUGGGCGCGACGACUUCUUCUGGUGCGCCGUCGUCGUCGCUUGCUGGGCAAGGCAACCGCGACCAGCAGGGAACAGCAAACGAUCGGAGUGUCAGUGAGAAGGUGGAUUUCUGGCCAACCUGGACGGAGUUGCACGACGGCAUUGUGCGGGAAUUUGAGCAGGAUGUUGCGGGUGGAGAACAAGCAGACCACGACCGUGGGCUCCGGCAGGGUCAUGGAAUAAAAACUUCUGAAGAUAUUAGCGUGGGUCGC